AUGGGGCCAGACUUGGCCCAAGAGACCACAGAGCAGAUUGAGAUGAUUAGAGAUAGGCUGAAGAAAGCCCAAAGCCGUCAGAAGAGUUGCUACGAUGCCAAGCACAGACCCCUCGAGUUUUUUGAAGGGGAUCAUAUAAUCAAGAGGGUCAGACUGGUGGCGUAUCAACUUGCUUUACCUCCCAACUUAGCGAAUCUACAUGACGUCUUCCAUGUUAGUCAGCUCCGCAGAUAUAUAUCCGAUGAUUCACACAUUGUACAACCUGAUGACAUAGAUGUUAACAAGGAUUUGAAGUUCGUUGUUGGACCUUCUAAGGUUGUUGCUCGAGAUGAGAAAUGGCUCCGAAAUAGAGUUACUCAUGUGACUUACCUUGAUUGA